AUGGCUGAUGAGGUAGAUCUCAUGUCCUGGAUUUUUGAGUAUUUUGCAUCCUCUAGUACGCCAGAGGGAGAGUUACUUAUGAGGCCAGAAGAUCUUAUGAGGGCAGUAGUUCCGGUUUUCCCUCCAUCUGAGUCCCACCUUGUUAGAGAUGGAUAUUUGAGAGGGGAAAGAAAUCCUGGAGAUUUGCGCUGUUCUCCUUCUGAAUUUUUCAUGCUUUUUGAUGUAAACAAUGAUGGGCAUAUUUCUUUUAAAGAAUAUAUUUUCUUUGUGACACUACUAAGCAUCCCAGAAUCAAGUUUUUAUGUCGCCUUUAAAAUGUUUGACACAGAUGAUAGUGGAGAAAUCGAUAAGGAAGAGUUCAAGAAAGUGAUGGCUUUGAUGCGAGCCUGCAAUAGACAGGGUGCUAACCACAGGCAUGGACUUCGAACUGGGCUAAAAGUCAAUGGUUCUGUAGAAAAUGGAGGGCUUGUCGAGUACUUUUUUGGUAAAGAUGGGAAGGAUUGCCUCCAACUUGAUAAAUUUGUCAAAUUUUUGAGAGAUUUACAAGAUGAAAUGGUAAGGUUGGAGUUUGCUCACUAUGACUAUAAAUUACGAGGAACCAUAUUGGCAAAGGACUUUGCCUUGUCCAUGGUUGCUUCUGCCGACAUGACUCAUUUAAGCAAUUUGCUCAAUCGGGUUGAUGAAUUGAACAAUAAACCACAUCUUAAAGACGUGCGCAUCACAUUUGAGGAAUUCAAAAGUUUUGCUGAGCUUCGUAAAAAAUUGCAGCCAUUGUCUUUGGCCCUUUUCAGCUAUGGAAAAGCAAAUGGCUUGUUAACACAAGAGGAUUUCCAGCGAGCUGCUUCUCAUGUUUGUGGCGUAUCUCUCACUGACAAUGUGGUCGAAAUCAUCUUCCAUGUGUUUGAUUCGAACCGAGAUGGAAAUUUAAGCUUAGCCGAGUUUGUUAGAGUUUUACACCAACGGGGAAGGGACAUUGCUCAACACGUGGAUACAGGAAUCAUGGUUCUCGACUAA